GAAACAUGGAUGAAAGUCUCGACUGGAAAUGUGAAAUGGAGGUCAAUCUGUUUCACGCUUUAAGAGGGCAUAAACCUGUUGGUAAAUGAAAGAUUUGAAAAACGAGUGUUUUACUGCAUAGUUCAAGUGUGAACAGGCAUUUCCAUAUGUUGAGCAUUCACGAGAAGAUGGCAAGUUCAUAUAAAAAGAUAACUACAAAACAGAUCUGGAAGUACUUGAGUGAACUGUACAACCUGAAUGCAUUGAAUGAGUCUGAGAUCAUCCCAUUCCCGAACAAAGAAAAUGACUUUGAGCUACCAGAUGGGGACUUUUCGGACCUGAAGGAUAGGAGUUUCCCACGUCUGAGUGUGCAGAAAACUGAGGUGGAUGAAAAACCCUCCAGUGAAAAACUGGACAAAGCUGAGUCUGGCACUAAGCCAGUGAAGCAUGAACCACGACACAUGGUCGGCACCCCAGUAAUUAACACCCCUGACAACUCACCAAAGAGGAAGAGAACACGUCAGACCCCGUCAAACGCUAGCCCUGCAACACCAGAACCACCACCACCGAAACGCCGCAGAUGAUAUUGUUGAUACUAUUUAUCGAAUUUGUACAACUGACCACGUUAAGUGCUGUUGUUUCUAACAGUAAGAAACAAGGGACUGUUCUUCAGAUGAAUGUUUGCAGGAAAAGGCAGGAAAAUGCAUAUUACAGUUUAAGGUGGCCAGUUGCCAGAAAGCUUUGUGACUCCUUUACUAGGCACUUUAUUGUACAUACAUGUACAUGAUGAUCUUGAAUUAUUAGAUUCAAAAUAACAUGAAUGUAUAGAUUUGUGGACUGCUUGGUUCAUGUUGACUUGACUUGUAACAGAACAGUUAUUAAAUGUCCUUGAAUAGAGAGAUGGCUGUAUUUCCAUGUAUUUUACUUGUACAUUUUUACAGAACAUUGAUGCAUUUAAUAGGACUGUCUGCUCUAAAUAUUCUUUGAUAGUAUUUAAAUCUGUUCAAAUGUGGGGACUUGUCAAGCCCUCAAUACCAGGCCCUAAUACCAUAAAAAUACCUUACGCCUUUGGUGUGUAGUAUGCUCUAUCUCAAAUGAGACAAGUAGAUAACAUAAAAGGAAAGGAAAAACAUUUUAGAUAUUUUAUUUUUGUGUGUAGGGUAUUUCAAAAAUCACAAAGAAUAUGCAUAAAACAAUUAAGCAAGAAUCCUUAUGUUUGAGCUAUUACUCAAGUGAGUCUAGGCAGCUACCAGACUGACUAUUGUCAAUUUGGCCAGUCUAAAAAAAAAUUCAGUUGCCAAAAGGUGCAUAUAACAGGAACAUAAAAAUAAAAAAAAAUAAAAAUAAAUCCCUUCCUACCUACCCACUCCCAAAAUUGUAGUGUUACCACAAAAGAACAAUAUUUUUAGUGUGGCCUAUAUUAUUUUUCAUUUAAAUAUUGACCAAAUAUUUGUAUGAACAUCUAUAAGAAAUUAUGUAUUUUUAUGAAAUUGGGGCCAGUCAAAUAAAUGCAAUAAACUAUGACAUCUGUA